GCUAAUAACGUGCGUGAGUGUGAAAUUUCCCCAGACAAAAGGUGGGGGGGGAAGAAAAAAAUAAGAGGAAAAGGUGGGGGGAAGGGAUGGCGCACAGAGGCAUAAGAGGGGAGCCUUAAAGAAAUUGGACAACCCCGCGAGACUUUAGUGGGCGUGGACAGCGAGGCCAGGGCUUCCUGCUCGGAUGAACACGUGGUUCCGUGUCUGCCUUCCUGCUCGUCUGUCAGUGUGUGUGUGUGAAGGUUUCCAGCCCUUCUCUCACUCCUCUCCCUUUCAUCCUCCCAUACAGCAGACAGCACACCACCUUCUCUCCUUCCUCCGUCCCACCCGCACCUCCUCAUCCUCCCGCUACACUUUCCUCCUCUUUGCGACGGGACUGCCGACAGCCAGGCCGCGGUCACUUCAGCGUGGAUCAGCUCAGAGAGGGAGAACGAGUGUGUGUGUGAGUGUGUUAGUGUGUGUAUAUGUGUGUGUGUGGAAGUGUGAGUGAGUGAGUGAGUGAGUGAGUGAGUGCGUGUGCGCGCACCCGCCGGCAACCGGUCCAUCCGCGUUAUUCCCCCUCACCCCCUUCCCGCUAUCCUGCCUCGUUGCUCGGUCAUGACGCUGGAAGCGAUCCGCUACCGGACCGGGUCUCUGCAGAUCCUCAACCAGCUGCUGCUGCCACACCAGACCGUUUACGAUGACAUCCGCUCGGUGCAGGACGCUUAUGAGGCCAUCAAGUCCAUGAAGGUGCGCGGGGCUCCGGCCAUCGCCAUCGUUGGCUGUCUCAGCUUGGCCGUGGAGCUGCGGGCAGGCGCCGGAGGUGACGACCCUGUGACCUUCAUCAGGGAGUCUCUGUGUCACCUGACCUCAGCGAGGCCCACCGCCGUCAACAUGGGCCGCGCCGCCCGCGAGCUGAUGGAGUUUGCAGAGAAUGAGAGUAUGGAGAAGAACUCUGAGCAGCUCAGAGAAAGUGUAAUUGCCUGGAUCGAAGACAUGCUGGAGCGUGACGUCAAUGACAACAGGAAGAUCGGUAACUAUGGAGCUCAGCACAUCCUUUCUGGCGUCCCGAGGGACUCGGUGACCAUCCUCACACACUGCAACACCGGCUCACUGGCCACAGCUGGAUACGGGACGGCGCUGGGCGUGGUGAGAAGCCUCCACGCGCUGGGCAGGCUGAAGCGCGUGUACUGCACAGAGACGAGGCCGUACAACCAGGGGUCCAGACUGACGGCGUACGAGGCUGUAGCGGAGGGAAUCCCUGCCACGCUUAUAACAGACAGCAUGGCCGCCCUCACCAUGAGGGAGAUGGACAUCACAGCUGUGGUGGUGGGUGCAGACAGGGUGGUUGCUAACGGUGACACAGCCAACAAGGUCGGCACGUACCAGCUGGCUAUCGCCGCUAAGCACCAUGGGAUACCUUUCUAUGUGGCGGCACCCAGCACGUCGUGUGACCUGAGCCUGGAGAGCGGCAGGGACAUCAUCAUCGAAGUGCGCCCCCCCGAGGAACUCACUUCUAUAAACGGGGUUCCCAUCGCUGCCCCAGGUAUCGAAGUGUGGAACCCGGCCUUCGACGUGACCCCUCACCAGCUCAUCACAGGAGGCAUCAUCACAGAGCUGGGAGUCUUCCUCCCCUCUGAGCUCCAGGCGGCGCUCACCGGCCGCCUCACUGCCCUCUAGAGCCACUCGGCUCCUCCUGCUGGUCCGUGUGCACCACUGCACGUUUACGUCACACUAAGAGACACUUUCUCAUCAUCACAGAUAACGCACAGUUGUAUUUCUAAUUGAAUUUUGUUCAAUACACAGUCACUGUUGCAUUCAGUGGUGCACACAGGAGAAAAAAAAUCUUGUCACUUCUCCACAUACACAGCUACAUAGAGUCUCACUGCAGGGAGUCGAGUAGCCACACACGUGCAGUCUCCCCUUUCUUUUAAAUCCCUGUUCUGUCUUUGCCUUUCACCUCCAAAGCUUUCCAUCGCAUCUGUCAUUGUCUCUUUCCGCCUCUCUCUCUUUCCAAAUGGCUUCUGUACCAACAAAAAAAAGCUCAGCUGGACUCGAACCCAGAAAUUCAAUUUGGCAAACAAACCUAAAUGAGACCUAAAAGUCACAUUUUAACAACUUAAAUAAUAAAACGAAAGUCUAAAUAGCACGACUGAUUCUUUAAAUUGAAACAAGUCGUGGUUUCUAAAAUGCUGCUACCUACUUGUAAAUAUAUAUAUCCUUGCUGGUAGUGUGUACAUAUGUAGAAACUAACCACUGCUCGUGAAACGCGCCGCUUUUUCAUCCAAAUAAGCGGUUAUGUAAAAAAUACAUUUCCCAUCUAAAAAUGUUAUAUUAACAUUUCAUGUCUUUUGCUCAGUGUAGGAACUUUUUUGUAAUAGACAAAUUCAAAUUUUUAGCUCAUAGUCUUAAUAUGGAAGAAUUGUGUUUCUCACUUUUUAACCCGUGUGUCAAAAUAAUUGGAACGAUCGGUCACGCUAGUCAGCUGAAGCCUUUAACGUCACAUGGCUGCUUUUAUACCUCACUCCUUAUUUGCGUCUUGCUCUUCCCAGUUAUACUGUAUCAUACCACACAUGUACUCUCAUAAUAGACUUGUAUAAACUGAUCAGCCACAGCAUUAAAACCACCUGCAGAAACGGGUCCAGAUCGGUCUCUUUCUGAUGCAUCCCGUGGCCGCUCGAUCAGAUUGAGAUCCGGGGAGUUUGGAGGCUGGACAGCACUUUGGGCUGCCUGUCACGCUUCUCUGUAAGGAAGAAUCAUUACAAAAAAUAGGAGUUAAAGGAGUAGUUUGCUUCAAAAUGAAGGUUUAGUUAUUGGCUUGUGUGCACAUCAGUCGAGACUUUUAAAAUAAUUUUUUGAUGUCAGCUUUCCUGCUUAGAAACGAAUCUCUCUCCAGAUGGUGCGUUUAACGACAUCAGCCUCAACACACGAAAAGCUCCACAAAAAAGGAUUUUUACUCUCACACUUCCUGCUCUGCGUGACGCAGCAGACAAACACAGCUGACAAGUAGAAGAAAGAGAUGGUUGCUUUGAUUUGACUCCAAGCUAAUGGUUAGGUUGCUCUGUGACCACAGAGUGUCAUCAUAACAAACUGCUUUGCUAACACAUCCGCCUUGAUGGCUUGUUUUAACAUUGGCUUAAGCAGCCUAAUGAUUAUAUUCCAAACCAUGUGAGUGAAAUCUCCAGUGUUCAGUCCUUUGUUGCGUGUCAUACACCCACAUCUCUGCCUUUAUGUCAAGCUGCUCUUAACUGCCAAAUAAAUACCAAAAUACUCUUUUAAUAUCUCUGUUACUUUGUGUGUUGUUAGUUUGUUUUGCCACUAAAGUGUGGAAAACAAAUCAUUGCAGUUUUAAAGCCCUCCAGUAUUGACAUCAUGCUGGCGUUUCAAAGUGUCAGAGACACAAAACUUAGUCGAAAGGUUAAGUCUUAGAUUUCAGACUAACUAGUUGGGCCAUACAAACCUGAGAGACUGUCACAAAUUUAAUGUGGGGGUGAGCAGGAGCUGACUGUCUCUUUUUGUGGGGGUGUGAACCACUCGUUUAUGAUGGAGGGCAUCUUCUGCGUUACGUACUUUUACGCCACCACCAAUGAGAAUGUAACAUUUAAGUCGUAUAAAUGUUGUUUUCGUUUGGGGCCGGACGUCAGACACUCAGCCACUUCUUGCCUUUGCGCUCACCUUCGAAUGUGUUUCGACCGCUUGGACUAAUCCCUCCUCAUAAACUGAAAUAUGUUUUACAAAGAUCGACUCCCGGACAAGCUCACGACUCGCCGAAAUCUGUGCCGUGAGCGACUGAAAGCAGGUCGAUAUCAAGAAGUACACAAAGGUUUUGUUUUUUUCUCAGAAGUUAUUGUUUGACAUUUCUGGCCCCUGACUUUCUUUUCUCUAUCCUGAUGAAAGAACAGGACUAUAAAGGAAAAAUGAAUUUCAUAAUAGUAGGAAAUGCCAGACUCGUCUAGUGCUGAAACUAUUUGUACAGGAAAAGAAUGAAUAUCUUAACAAUAUAGCAGUUGUUUAAAGGGAACCUAUUAUGCUUUUUUCCAGAUCCAUAUUUUUAUUCUUGGGCUCUAGUAGAGUAGAUUUGCAUGAUUCACAGUUCAAAAUAGUUCUUGUUUAUUCUAUUUAUCCUCCAGUUCAUGCCAUCUGAAACAAGCCAUUUUAGCUCCUGUCCAUGGAAGACCACUCUCCCUUUAAGAAAUCCCUUUAUGAGCAUCCAGCAUUGUAACAAUAUGUGUGAAUUUAUAACAGAAAAUAAAGUAUUUUCACACAAAAUACUAGUUGAAAUUUUACAACCAAUCUUUGGAUAACUUGAAGUCACCUUCAAGUUAUUUGCUAAAUUACUAACUGAUAAAUGCAGGAUCGUUAGGCAGAUUGAUUGAUGCAAGCCUGUAUUUGAGGUCUUGCAUCGCAGGGUUUUGUGUGUGAUUUGAAUGCACUGAAUUUUUGCCACCUGGCCUGUGAGCUUACGGUGCAUUUGUGGUUGCGAGAGGCUUCGUAGAAACAUCCCAGACGUCUCUUAUCUGCGUGGUGACACCUAAUCAUUUACUGAAAGUCACCAGGUCCGCACUGUUUGCUGCCUUACAGGUGCAGCCUGAUUGUAGCUUACUGAUGUAAGGCAGUAAUCCCCUCGCUCCGUCCUUCAACAGAGUUCAUAUCGUGUUGCCAGGGUGCUUAAAGGCUGAGGUAGGCAGUAAUAUUUUUUUGUGGUUAUUAGACAAAAAAUCCUUUAAUAACCUUUCAGGAUAUUGUAAUUCAAGUGCUCUCAGAGGAAACUAGACCUCUGAACCAUCUCUUCACUCUGUUUUCAGGCUUUAUUAGAUCUAGAUGUCUUUGUUCGAUCACAGGCCUAAUGGCUCCUCUGCAGAUGUGCAGAGGAGUCCUUUGCACAUACUUCAGAUUGUGAAAAGUAGCAGAAAUUCCUGAAGGAAAAUAUGAUUUUCAAAAUUCACUGCUUGCACUGCAUCGCAGGCUGGUUUUUUGUUUUGUGGUUUUCCUUGUAUAUUACCUAAAACUCUGCCAUAGCAAUUGGAAGGUAACAUUUUUGUUUCAUUUAAAAAUACAAAGCCUGAUGGCAUGUUGAAAUCUCAGACUUGCCUGUUGGUGGCAUGUUUUAUGUCUGUUCAAACAUUUCUGCCUCGUGCAGAAAGAACCAAACCUUGUUAAAGACGCCCUAAAAACACG